AUGGGCUACACGCGUGAGCGCACCCACCGCCACUUUUUUGUCGCGCGGGCCAACGCCUUCUUUUCACGGCUUCCCAUUGCCCGUAUUCAACGCUCGCUGGCCAUGGAGGCAAUCAAGCAGGGGCGCAUGCGACCGUGGAAGCACACAAAGGAGCAGAUCCUUGGUGCCCCCAUAGCAUGCAACUUUGACUACAAUCCGCGUCCUGUGCGACUCAUUGGGACGGUUAUGGAUGCCCACACGGAAGAGACAAGCAUCAAGGGUGGGCUUAAGGUCUACGCACGCAACGAGGAGACGAACAUGAUGUUAUGGAUUCCUGCAGGAAACCCAAAGCUGAAGUACGAGGUGACAGCAACGAAGGGAAGCUUUCAGCAUUAUCUGGACGAACGCGAUAAGUGGGACGAAGCCUGGCUGACGGGCCGCGCAAGGAUGAAGUAG